UGAAGACCUGUCGGUAGAGGAGAGGGAGGAGCUCCUGGACAUCCGGCGGAGGAAGAAGGAGCUUAUUGACGAUAUCGAGAGACUAAAGUACGAGAUCGCUGAGGUGAUGACGGAAAUUGACAACCUGACCUCAGUGGAGGAGAGCAAAACAUCCCAGAGGAACAAACAGAUCGCCAUGGGCAGGAAGAAGUUCAACAUGGACCCCAAAAAGGGGAUCCAGUUCCUCAUUGAGAACGACCUGCUGCAGACAGCGCCUGAGGAUGUGGCCCAGUUCCUAUACAAGGGCGAAGGCCUCAACAAGACGGUCAUCGGGGACUACCUGGGGGAGAGGGACGAGUUCAAUAUCAAGGUGCUCCAGGCCUUCGUGGAACUACAUGAGUUUGCCGACCUCAACCUUGUCCAAGCUUUGAGGCAGUUCCUAUGGAGCUUCCGGCUGCCAGGGGAGGCACAGAAGAUAGACCGUAUGAUGGAGGCCUUCGCUGCCCGCUACUGCCUGUGCAACCCCGGGGUCUUCCAGUCUACGGACACCUGCUACGUGCUCUCGUUCGCCAUCAUCAUGCUCAACACGAGCCUGCACAACCACAAUGUGCGUGACAAGCCCACGGCCGAGCGCUUUGUCACUAUGAAUCGCGGCAUUAAUGAGGGAGGCGACCUCCCCGAGGAGCUGCUGAGGAACCUCUACGAGAGCAUCAAGAAUGAGCCGUUUAAGAUCCCCGAGGAUGAUGGCAACGAUCUGACGCACACCUUCUUUAACCCCGACCGUGAGGGCUGGCUACUGAAGCUGGGUGGCCGUGUGAAGACCUGGAAGCGGCGGUGGUUCAUCCUUACCGACAACUGCCUCUAUUACUUCGAGUACACCACGGACAAGGAGCCCCGGGGAAUCAUCCCGCUGGAGAACCUCAGCAUCCGGGAGGUGGAAGACCCCCGAAAGCCUAACUGCUUCGAGCUUUACAACCCGAGCCACAAAGGGCAGGUGAUCAAGGCCUGUAAGACAGAGGCAGACGGGCGCGUGGUGGAGGGGAACCACGUGGUUUACCGCAUCUCGGCGCCCAGCCCCGAGGAGAAGGAUGAAUGGAUGAAAUCCAUCAGAGCAAGCAUCAGUCGUGAUCCGUUCUACGACAUGUUGGCAACGAGGAAAAGGAGAAUCGCCAACAAAAAAUAGCAUUCCUGGCCUGGACAGGCCAAAACGGCAACCAAAGCCCCACAGCAAAAAGUGACUGCAGAGCCUCCUGGGGACAGCGGGGCCCCAGACGGCCCUUUCCAGAAGGUUCCAGGAAGCCAGGGCUCCGCCAAGAGAGCACGCUGAGUGGCCGGGCAGGUGGAAAGGAAGGAGCCCCUCACUCCUGGGGAGCUGGCGGCAGGGCCACCGCGCUCCAGGACUUUGCCUCCUGCCCCCUGCACAAAGGAAAGUGGCCACACGCGCCCUUCUAGAAGCUUCCCCCAGCACAGCACAGCUGACCGCGCCACCCUGCGUGUGCCUGGCACUGGGGCCCCUUCUAGAAGCUGCAGCUUCACGCUGACUCACACAGGAAAGGAAGUUUUUUAUUCAGAAUUUUUUUUCUCAGAUAUAUAGGAUUAUAGCUUUUAUAUGCUUUUUAUAUUCCGAAAUUAUAACGACAGAUACUUUCUAACUGUAGUAUUUUUAGAAGGCAGCUAUAAAUCUAAUUCCAGACACGUGGAUACUGUGCACUGAUGCCACUGCGCCCACGUGUGCCCCUCACCCCCACUGCGGCAAGUCCAGGAGGUCGUGCAUCCCGGGGUGGGGCAGUACUCAGGGCGUCUAGGGGUGGGGGGCACCUAUCCUGUAGCCCCGAGUUCUUGCAGGAAGCCUGGGUGCGCCCUUAGUAACAGCAUGUGCACGGCGCCUCCUGGCGUCCAAUGGCAGGACUGCGGCCUUUGCUGUGGCUUCUUUUGGCCAAACGAAGGAUUGUGUCCUGAUCCCAGACCUCCUUCUGGAAAUUGUCCGCCUUUGGGUGUUUCCCGCACCCCUCGGAUGCAGGAGGUGCGUGGCACUCAGGGUCCCUGUCAACGGGGCACAGCCUGGCCCGCACCUGCACUCCGGAGUUCGCAGUUUGCCAGCUGGACGCAGCCGGAGUUCGUCUCCCAUGAGAUGCCUCUAGCUGCUUUAUUGGGAGCUUCGUUUUUACCCUCCCCCCUUCAGAGCCUCUGGGCCCCAAGUCCCCAUGGGCUGCUCUUCCCAGAGUCCCCCAGAGCCGCACUUUGUGGGGAAUCUGCGGGGGACGCAGCUUUAAGUCAUGUUGGCGGCCCAGGGGCGGCCCUCCUCCCCUCACCACACUCACGUUCUGGCUCAUUCCAGGCUUUCAGGCUUAGCGACUUCACUGAUACCUCAACUCCUCCUGUCUAGUUUUUGAGAAGGAUGGUUGGCCUCAGGAUGUCUGACUGGCCUAUAUGCAACUCCGCCUCCAGUCUUCCAGGGGGACCCUGCGGGCCCCUCUUCUCUCUGACCCAGGUAGGCCCCUGGGGAUGCCAGGCUCCCUGCACGGGGUCGGGGUGUCGGUGCUCACGCAUGUCCUCUGUGAGGCCACUGACUCCAGGUAUUGUUGUGACAGUAUUAAAGUGACAGGCACACAGCCAUCCCCCAAGCUCCGGUGGGCCACCAGGGUUUGUAGCUCACUCUGGUGCUCAUGGCCCGCCAUGCCUAAGCUCACUGUUUGGUUCAGUCUGGGAAACGGGGAGUUAGCAGGCGCCCCUCCCUGGGAGCCCCCCAGUACCGCACCGUGACUUGUCAUUGUCGUCUUAGAAACUUUCUACUUCCAGUAGGCCUAGUUCCAGUGUAAAUAGUGUACAGAAGUGAUUUCUGGGGUGUGUUGGUAUUCAUGUAUAUAUGCCCAUAACUUGCAUGAAAAAAUAUCCUGUAUCUAUUGCUAUUUUAUUGUCAAGUGAGGUUAGUCAGAUCGGAAGGUGUGUGGCUGUCAAACUGCAAAUACUGUGCUCAUGUAAUAAAGACCAUCUGCAUUGUUCAAGAA